AUGUCUUCAGCCCUCAUCUCAAGAACCUUCUUUGUCAACCCCAUCAACAGUCCAAGGUCGAGUGCUUCUGCAAAAACAUCAGCAACAAUCCGAGCUCCUCCGAAUCCACAUUCGAAACACAUUUCAGCAAUUUCUUCCUUGCUACCAAUUCCUCCAUCACAGCCACAGCAUUCUCCGGAUUCUUACUAUCCAACAGGUACACUAGAGCUUCCUUCUUCAGCGUCUUUUGCCUCCUCUCAUACUUGGAAAGCGGCCUCUCUAGCUCCUCAUCAGAGCCACCCUCAAAAUCUUUAUGAGUGA